UAUAUAUAUAUGCUUGAAUCUAUACCUUACAAAUAUAGAGUUUUUCUUCUUGUUGUAAAAUGGAGUUUUUCUUUAGGAAUACAAGUGAUGACACUUCAAAUUUCAAGCAAGACAUUGUUAGUUGCCCAUUUUUGAGGAAUAUCAAUGAGCCGACUAAUUUUUCCUUCUCAAGCUCAGUUGCUUUCUCCAUUCCAGUAUGUGGAGCUAAAGGUCCUAUCUUUGAGGAUGGUCCUAACUUUGACAUCGCAUUCAGGCUUUUCCAUGGGCAGAACCGUGUAGUUCCACUUUCAGGGACACUGUCGAUUAGCAAUGAGAAACCAGAUUCUGAACCUGCACCGUCUCAGUUCAACCCGUUGGCGGCAAAGGCAGCUACCAUAAGCCUCUCAGCUUUUGGAGCAGGAGGACCUUUUGGUUUUGAUUCAUUCUCGGAGAAGUGGAAAAACCAAAAGAAGAACUCCAAAUCAUCUAAAAGAGAAUCUUCAUCACAGGGAGGAGACUCAAAACAUGAAGCACCAAGCAAUGAGUGGUUGCAUAAUGGAAAUUGUCCUAUUGCGAAGUCAUACCGUGCCAUGAGUAAUGUCCUUCCUCUUGUAGCAAAGUCUAUUCAGCCCCCUCCUGGUGUGAAGCUCAAGUGUCCACCUGCUAUAGUGGCUGGUCGUGCUGCUCUAUCACGGACUGCCUUUGCGAAAAACCUGCGACCACAACCUCUGCCUGCAAAAGUAUUAGUAAUUGGUGUUUUGGGCAUGGCGGCAAAUGUUCCUUUAGGCAUAUGGAGAGAACACACUGAAAAGUUUUCUCCGUCAUGGUUUGCAGCAGUACACGCAGCUGUGCCAUUCAUAGGCAUUCUGAGGAAAUCUGUGUUGAUGCCUAAAACGGCUAUGGCAUUUACCAUUGCAGCAUCUGUUCUGGGCCAAGUGAUAGAGUCUAGAGCAGAAUGGCAACGGCUCAAAGCAGUUGCAGCGAGUGAAUUGGUCCUGACGAAAAAUGCUACUUCAGCGCACGUUCAACUAGCAGUUAACGGAGUUAGAGCUGGAUACUGCAGUGAGAUUGUUGCUUGUAACAAGGUUCCUCUUCAUGCCUGUUCCUUUUCACCAGCUAGUGUAGUUAGCUGAUGCUUGGCAUCUUUAGUGUUAUAUGAUUAGUUUUGCGCAUGUUGCCUGCUGAUAUAUUUUGUUCUUUACAUUUUUAGCAGCCCAUAGGGCAAAGUUCCAUGAUUAGUUUGGAGAGGAUGAGCACUAUUCUUGUUGGUGACAGUAUAUAUAUGCAUACAUACAUACACAUUUAUUUACGAGUAACAAUGAUACUUGAGAGAGUGUUUCCUGUGGCAAAA